UAUGCCUAGUAUCUAAAACAAUUUUUGUUACUACCUGUACAUACAAUAUACAAUGCAUUAUUCAAUAAAUGUCAGCUAAUGCACCUGGCCAAGUGUAAGCAAGUGGAAAAUAUUUGUGUUGUGCCAGUAAAAUGGAGUUGAUAAAGCCUGUAUGUCUUGAUUUUUAAUCAAGGCAAUGUGUAUAUAGUUUGCUUUAAGUGUUUACAUUAUUUCAAUAAUAUUAUACGUUAAACGUGAAGGUUAUCCGUAUGGUAUCUUCCACUGUUAAAUCUGAUACUAAAGUGUCAUCAAUGGCCCAACAGGGGUCUAACUCUGUACCCUCAGUAUCUUCCACACCAGGCCCACCACCGACUUCUACGCAAAAUAUGUCUGCAAGCCCUGCUAAAGUUGGCCACAUUAUUUCAUCUCCAGGUUCACUCAAAAAACUUUUACCCAUAGCUGCCUUUUUUAUGGCAUUUGCUACUGUCAUGACAAUACUUCUUAUAUAUAUGGACAACACAGCAAUGCGCCAUCAUCAGUUUCGUGUUAACAUGAGUCAAGAUUAUGAGCUUUUGGAGGUUGCACAAGACAAUCCACAGUUAGUGACUUACAUAAGAGAAGUUCAACUUGUUCCUGCUGUUGAACCACACCACAGGCCUUUAGAGUCAACUGGACCACAACCACCCUCUGAUACAGCGUUUGUUUUAAAGCUUUUAAAUAAUAAGAAAGAAGGAUUUUUUGUGGAAGCAGGAGCUUAUGGGGAUGACAAAAGUUCAAAAACAGAAUAUUUAGAAAAGGAAUUGGGUUGGAGGGGACUUCUUGUUCAGCCUGACCCCAGGCACUAUUUUAAGUUAAGGAGACAUAACAGGGGUCGUUCCCAAGCUAUUCAUGCUUGCUUAAGUUCAACGCCGUAUCCAAAAGAAGUAACAUUCCACCAGGAAGAGCGAGACGGUGUGAAAAUUAACAGCAUCCACGCAAAUAGCCUGAUAGACGACCCAGACUGGUUCAAUACAAGAGUCAAAUGUUUUCCCCUUUACUCCUUACUGCUUGCGGUAAACGUUACCAACAUUGAUUAUCUAAGUUUGGAAUCUGGCGGAACUGAGCUACAAGUUUUGCAAACGAUUCCAUUUAGUCGAGUUAAAAUCGAAGUUAUUGGGGUCCACCUACUCAUUAGCGACAUCGAAAAAGACACUAUCAAAAACUUCUUGGCCACCAAAAAUUACGUUUUUGUCCAGAAUUUUAACAACACAUAUAUUUACAUCGUGAACCAUCUCAAAAUUUAGGAAAAAAAACGAAGCAAGAAACAAAUUAUUUGAAUUAUUUUAGUCCUCUUGUAGCUUUGGAAAACAGUUUUUCAUUUAUUGAAUAGUUAAUUUAAAAAAUCGAAUUUUUAUUCGAUUAGAAGGAAUCUAAUUCAUUUCUUGUUAUUUGUUAUUGGCUUUUCUAGAACAGUUAGUGAGAAUUUUAAAGUAGAAGACUGAUACAAAAAGAACAUUCAAAAUAUUGAUUUUAAAGUCGGUGAGUUGCCAAUGAUAGCACAAAAUAGGAUAGAUGACAUUAUGUAAUAAGUUUUUUCCAUUUACUUGCUUACGCUUAGCUUUAUUACCUUAUAAGACUGGAUUUACGUCUAUAUUGUCUCUCUUACAUUACUUGUAUUUUUUACUAAAUGAUUUUCGAAUUAGUAUUAAGACUUUUUAUACUUUUUUUUAAUUAAUUAGAAAAUAGUCAUACACAACUUUUAGUGUUUUGAUGUGACUUCGAAUUCUUUAUAUAUCAAAUUACAGACAAAAACUUAAAACAAUUAUUUAGGCGCACAUUUGCUUUAUUAGUAAGACAUUCCGUUAAAGUAGUAUUAUUAAAUUUGUUAAACUACUUCUUUUUUUGGGAUUAUAGUGUGAAUUAUAAUUCUUAUAAUUAACCAUGUAAAAGAAGUGCUCUUAAGAAUAGAUAAAGUAAUUAUGUGAUUAUAAAAAUAAGAAAAUUCGUAGAUUCCUAAAGGCAAACGUUAAAAUAUUAGAAUUAUGUACUUAAAAAUAAAAGCAUUUAAAGCCUC